CAGGCACUUGUUUUUUUUUCUUUUCUUUCUUUUUUUUAAAGUCGAACAAAUCAUCAACUACCAUUUCCCUUUGGGAUUCUAUAGACACUGCGUUAGUGUAGUGACGUCAUUAAGGUCCACCAGAUGGACUUUUUCCAUGCGCACUAAAAUCCCUUUUCGUGUGGAAAAUGUAAGGAUUUCAUUUUCACAAAAAGCCUUUAUUCACGGAUUGGCUAAUGUGUAUGUCUGCUUCAGAACUAACCACCGGUGAGACGUUGCUCUUAUUUUGAAACCCCUGACAACAGAAGGACUACAGUUGGUUGACGCUAACUUGACCCUGCCUCUAGUUGUAUUAGUUGUCGCAGUUAGCUCGACUUAAAAGCUAUACGUGAAAUAGAUGUUGCAGCAGGAGAUCCUCGGCGCUGUCACUAAAAACAUUCAGCUGCGAGUAGGCAAAAGAGAGAGAAAACGGUUGCAGUUCGCGAGCUUGGAACAUGAAGACAGAGUGGCAGAAGCAGAGCAGGAAGCUUAAUGCUCAGCUGAUGCCCGAAGUCAGGCUACACACCGCAGAUGAACAGCAGCUCUUGGAGAUGAAACAAGAGGUUCUUCCUGGGCAAAUGGAGUGGACAACCAAUGUGGACCAGGAGGAGGAACGCCCCAACAUUAAAGUGGAAGAGGAGGAAUUGUGCAUUGAACUUGAGGAACCUGAUAUAAUUAUGGUGACGGUAAAAUGUGAGGAUGACAAUGAGAUUUCAGAGGACAAUAGCCAAACAGAGGAUAUAGGACCAGAACAAGCCAGGAACUCAAGUCCAAAUAAAGAGUUUGCACCAGUUAGUGAAGAUGAAGAAAUUGAAAAGUCAUCCGAGACUGAAGGGAGUGAUGAAGAUUGGCAAGACGCGGGUAAAAAUUCAGGUUCGAACAUAGUGACGAAAAAGAAGGCCCGCAGUAAUAGGAGAUCUAGCCCUAGUAAAAAACUUAGUUGUUUUGUUUGUAGUAAAAGAUUUGCCUACAAGUCCUUUCUCCUGCGACACGAAAAGACUCACUUAGGAGAUAAACCAUUUAGUUGCUCCGAGUGCGGGAAAGGAUUUAAUCAGAAGGCAAAUCUGAAAUCACAUGAACAAACUCACACGGGAGAGAAACCAUUUAAAUGCACAGAAUGUGGUAAAAGUUUUUCCCGAAAGUCAUAUCUGCGGAUCCAUGAGAAUUUUCAUUUUGGGGAAAAACCUUUCAGUUGCUCUGAAUGUGGGAAAGGAUUUCUCAGCAAGAAUUGCCUGGAAAGACAUGAAAAAAUUCAUACCCAAGAAAAGGAGUUUGAUUGCUCUAUGUGCGGUAAAAGAUUCAUCCACAAGUGUGACCUGAGACGACAUGAAAAAAUUCAUACUGGAGAGAAACCAUUUCGAUGCUCCCAGUGUGGUAAAUGUUUUACAAGCAAGUCAUACUUGCUACGUCACGAGAACGCUCAUUUUGGUCAGAGAUUGUUUAGCUGCUCUGAGUGUGGUAAAGGUUUUCUUCAAAAGAUUCAUCUGACGUCACAUUUAAUAACCCAUGUCGGCGGCAUGUCUGUUCACGUUGGCUCCGAAUAGUGAUUUGUGAUGAAACCUCAUGUAUGUGUUGAGUCUUGCCAGUAAUUGCGUCUCAAAGGGCUGAUUUCACACAGUCCUUUUUAACAGCUUAUUUCGGAGUGCUGACAUCUUAAAGCAUAUAAGCCUCUACAGUGGACGCCUGAGAAUCCACUGUAGAGGCUUAUAUCCAACACUGCCAUCAAAACCUAUUCUUAUCAUAGAAAAUGACAUUUCAAUAGCUGUCCACUGUAGUGACCGUCAUGCGUGAAAGGGUUAAAAGCAGAGGUCACAUUUCGUUGUGUGUGAUGACAAAUAAUUCACUUUUACAUAAUGCAGUUUCAGACUCUGUUAUAAGUUUAAGUAACAUGCCAAAUGUCAAACGGGCGCCAUGAUUAACUGAGGUCAAUCUGCACAAUAUCAAAACUUCUAAAAUAAGUUGAACCAAAAACUGUCAAAUAUAUGAAAUAAUAAUAAAAAACCUGUACGAUUUAAAUAUGCAUUAAUUUUUUUAAAAGUGCCGUGAAUCACCAGAUCCUCAAAUUUUCUGAUGGAGCCUGAAACAUCCCCGGUUAUACAAUAUAUAAAUAUAUAGAAGUCGUUAAUUAACAUCAAGUUAUAUAAUGCUAUACCAAUCUUAUACAACUGAUUCCAACACUGUUUCAGUUUAUCAUCAUUCGAAACACUCAAAACAUAAUAACCUGUUCUGCAGGUUUAGUUACUUUUCAGAUUGCUAUUUUACAAAUCCAUUAACAGCAUGACUUGCACCUGUUACCCAUUGUGCCUUUGGGGCACGACUGCCCCCCAUCAAUGAAAAGCUAUCAGUGAAAAACCGUACUUUCUGCCGCUCCUUGAACAUUUGUUUUUCCGCAUUCAUGGCUGAUUGGAAAUUUUUUUUUAUUAUUAUAUACAAGUAUAUAAUAUAAAGAUGCACCUGUUGCUGUGUGUGGCUCAGUGCAAUCACAAGUGAGGGAACGCUCAUCGCUAGUUGUGUGAAUGAGAGUGUGGGGGGGGGGGCGCUAGUGCAUGACAUGAAUGUGAGUGAGACGUUGCUGAAAGGCUGUGCCUGUGUGUGUGUUUUUGUUUGUUUUUUUUUGUCGAUCAUGCAAGAAACCACUUCAAACUAACAUUUAAAGCCACAACUAGUCUCUUUUGUGGCUUGUAAUAGGAUGUGCCAAGUUAACUGCGUUACUCGCAGCUGAGACAGUAGCACUGCUUAGAGCUUUUUCUGUUAUAUUUGUUCAAGUAAUAGCUGCUUUAAGUGCGCUCUUGACUUUGGUGACAUUAUAAUGUGAAUUUCAAAGACACGUUCAUUUGCUAUUGCAGUUGUUAACGUUUCCUAUUCCUAAAAACAUGUUUUUUAUAUUAUUUUAUACUAUGAGAAUUGUAUUUUCCUUUAAUAUAUACAGCACAUACUUAUCAUUGAAUUUUCUUUUUAUUUGCAUAGUAACAAAUAAAAUAAGAUUGAUGUGAUUUGGAA